GCCCCAACACUCACAGCCCAUGUAAGGCGCUUCUUUCCUUUACUUAAUAAACUGACGUCAUGAUGAUAAGGAGAUUUUUUAGGCGGGUUUGUGAGCAUCGCCUUCACAGUCUGUGAUCAGCUCUCAAGCCGCCAACAUCUGUCUAAACCCUGCAAGAGACUUUCCCAAACAGUAAAUAUGUCCAACUCUGGACCCGUUUAUGGAUUCAGCCGGGCUGUCCAAAGCAAGAUCGAGAAGAAGUAUGAACCCGAAUUGGAGGAACGGCUGGUGGAAUGGAUUAUUGCACAGUUAGGCGCAGAUGUCUCUCGUCCUGAGGCCGGGAGACCAGGGUUCCAGGUUUGGCUUAAGGAUGGCACUGUCCUGAGCCAACUGAUCAACAGCCUCCACCUUGCAGACAAGAAACCCAUCAAGAAGAUUCAGACAUCCGACAAAGCCUUCAAACAAAUGGAACAAAUCUCACAAUUCCUGAUCGCCGCUGAAAAGUAUGGUGUCAACAAAAUGGACAUCUUCCAAACUGUGGACCUCUGGGAAGCUAAGGACAUGGCUGCUGUUCAAAGAACACUGAUGGCAUUGGGAAGUAUUGCAGUAACAAAGAAUGAUGGAUUUUACCAUGGUGAUCCAAACUGGUUUCACAAGAAAGCACAAGAGAACAAGCGCGAAUUUACAGAAGAGCAAAUGCGCCAGGGACAGAAUAUAAUCGGCUUACAGAUGGGGAGCAACCAAGGAGCAUCACAGGCUGGAAUGGCAGGCUACGGGCUUGGCCGACAGAUCAUCGGCUAAAAAAAAACUCUUGAACUCUGUAAAGCAUGAUUUUAUCAUUUCAAAUUCGAUAGAAGUCCAAUCAGCCCAAAACACUAAAUACCUUCAAUGAAGUAAAUGGUGUGAUUUAGACAGGUAGUAUUUAUUAUUUGGCCAUUAAAAAAAAAAAAAAUAAGUGUUUAGCCCUUUUAAAGUCUUGCAACACUUACUCCCCCACCCCCCACCUUCUGAUCAGAGCUGUAAUGUGGACAAUAUAUGUAACAUUUGCGCUGGUCCCCGGAUCUUUCCACCGCACAUUUAUUCCUAUUCAUUAGAAAAUCACCGAUGGCUGCAAGGACUGCAUGACACACUGCUAGCUUGUCAUUGCAUGUGGAGUUGUACAGGUGUAUAAUAACAGCAUGCUGGCAAAGCUUGGUGGUCGAAUGGCUUCACCAAUCUGCUAUACAUCGCUUUAAAUUUUAACAUUUCGCGGCACUUGUCCUACUGUCGAGCUGGUCUUAAAAAAUGGCCUCUUUAUAUAAAAUAUUGUACGGAGGUGGUUUGAAACGACUAAAAUUGUGGUUUUUUUGUUUUGCUUUGAAAGGCAUCUUUUUUUUUUGUUGCAAGAAUUAGCAUGUUAAUUUUGAUCACUGAACGUUUUGUUAAAUGGCUAAAGGAAUUUAAAGGGAGCGACCCAACUAACAUUCCAAUGACUUUUUUUAACAAAGAAAACUAAAUUUUUCGCUGCUCACAUUGUCUUCCAUUGGGCAUGUUCCCCUCGAAUUGUGCAACCGUUUCUCUCCCUCGCGCACACGCACGCGCGCAAACACACGCACACACGCAUACACCCACACACAUGCUAUAGCUGACUCUGUUUACUUAUUAGUACACUAGGUUGCUAAACAUACUCUUGAAGUACACAUCAAAAGUAAUGUGCACUACUUUGACCAAAAUAAAUCACGUCUUAGUUUUUGGAACUGAAGUGUUACAAACUGUCCCUGUCCUAUGGUUAAUAAACAGCUGAAGUUGUGCGGUUAAAAACAGCAGGUUAUUUAUGGGGAAGAAUCUUCUGUGCUCAAAAUCGCCUUUAAAAAAACAACCCCCACACCAUCCAAAUAUCCCUGCUGAAAAUCAACUUUUUUUGUUUAAAUGUUGUACAUUAAUUUUUUUUUUUAAUUUGUCCUUUAGCCCUAUAUUUGUACAUUGUUUUGCUCUUGUCAACUGAAACAGUACCAACCUGAAUAAAAUUUUAAGAUGGAGAGAA